GGAGGAGAGGCAGGUGAGCUCAGCCAGUGGCAGAGCUCCGGUUGGUCUGGCUGCAUUUUACUGGCCGAGGAAUGAAGUCAUGGAGAAGAUGAUGUGAAAAGUAUGAAGCCCGUGCAUUCACGUUCUGACCAGAUGUAGCGUCAGCACUGCCAGCCUCACUGACUCAGAGGAGCCACUUUACUCCUUCUGCGGCCUUCAGGGAUGAAGUGCCUGAGUCAGACUCGCGGAACUGACUGGCUCUGUGGCGCGAAGAAUAAAACCAGAGCUACAACUCCUCAGCCGAAGGGACCUGGUCUGACUGCUGGCAUUUGAACCCACAACCCACCGCUAUAGUCUGUGUGUGUGUGUGUGUGUGUGUGUGUGUGUGUGUGUGUGUGUGUGUGUGUGUGUGUGUGUGUGUUGCAUCUAUUGAGUGAGGUGUUUCUCAUCCUGCUGGAUCACCCAGUCACCCAGUUAUCCUUCUGGCGUGCGGCCUUCUUAAUCUUCAUCUUCCCAGCAGCACCAACAAUAAGCACAUGAACACGGUGUUCUCUGAAAUACUGCGACAUUUACCGUGGCUCCGGCCCCAAGACACACCUCGCUGCAUGUGCGGCCCAUCGUGUGUGAUUUGAAUCCCCACACGCCAUAAACAAUAGGAAUGAUGUUUGCACUUCAGAGCUGUAUGUUGCUCAGGAACAAAGACAGAAAUCCUUCUUGUUUUCUUGAGUCACUCUGCUGACUGGAGGGUUUCAUUCAGACGUGUUUGAGUUAGCGGGGCUAAGUAGCUCCUGCUCCGGGCUACAGAUGGCGUGAAGGCGUAUUCUGAGCCGGUGAUGAAGAGUGGCGUCAGUCCUGGAUAGUGCGUUCACAUCCUCAACACCUGUUGGAGCUGGAUGCUCAACAUGGUUUUCUUUCAUAUGCCCCACACCGUCCCGCUCCGUCCUUCGGCAGAGCCCGCUCUUGUCUCCAGCGUGUCGCGGCUCCUCAUCUCUGAAGAGCACCUCCCCAGCUGGAGAGAACACGCACUGUUGGAGGUGGUGCCGAGGUCUCUCAUCCUCACAGCUCACAGGUGGUUGGACGGGUCCAGGAUCUGGAGGGCCACCUCUGUCUCUUUUCAUCUCAGUUGACCAUUUGGACCGAGCCUGGCCGCGCGCACCACCAGACACGAGACUAUCUCAUUGUGACAUCACAGUAGUGAGCGAUAUAUACAAUGGUCUGUACAGACCUAGAAAAAUGAUACAAAAUUACACUAAAUUGACAAAUGCAGUCAAAACGCUUUCAAUCAAACCUUUUUCAUCUUGUUUCUUUAUUCAUUUCUUUCUGUGUAACAUACAUAAAGUUCAUUUGUGAAACCUAAAGUGCAUCACGGUUGUCACCUCAACUACUGACAUUGAAUUCCUGCUACAUGCAGCUUCGCUGACGACUCAAUCUAAAGUCAAGUAAAAACCAGCGAUAGUGACGGCAGAAGACAACAGUGAAGUCACCUUCCGCUGCCAGCUUGGCUGAAGUUGGAACAAGAAAUGUGUCUUGCUCUGAGCUGGGCUGUGGAACAAGCCUGUCCUUCCUCUUCUCAGGAGUCGUGGAUGUGGUUUCCCACCCAUCCAGAAGCCGGGAGAAGAGCAGCGCGUCUGUAAGCUGCAGUCUUAGCUUGUCCUUCUUCAUCCCGAAUGACACACACACACACACACACGCCGCACAGCCAGAGCCGUAAAGCCGCUGAGGGAGAAUCUCUUCCCCCGAACACAAGACCACGGCGCGGUGCGCUGGGAUAGAGUGCAGAUCAUCAAAGCAGACCCGGCCCGUGGCCACCGCACCACAUGCACGAGAACAUGGCGAGCUUCGUCUCCCAUCCAUCAUCAUCCACCUGAGGAGGAGGAGGAGGGUUGGGCGACCUGGUCAGGAUGGCUGCAGCACAUCAAACAAGCCAGUACCUGUGAGGCAGCAGACGACCUUUGCCCAGUGACCUGCAGAAUUCAUGCUUCAAGCUUGAGCCUGCAGCCUUAAGUGGGUCCCCUCACACAGUUCAAGUGAGAAAACCACGAUUGGUGUUGGGCCGGAAAUGAAAGCAGAAUGCUCUUGUUGCUCAUGGUUAUGGCCACUCUCUUUGUUUUACUCAGUAAUGCAAUCUUGAUGAGAAGGUCCCAGAGCGGAGGCCCUGUCGUUCUGCAGGAGGUGGGUCAGCCUCCGCUGGUGAGAGCGCCGUUGCCAAGGCACGCGGGGAUGUUUGGAUGGACGUCUGGACAAAGCCGUGUUCCCAAACCCGCCGCUCUGAUGAAGGACACCAACAAGGAGAACCAGCUACAAAAGCUGUCAGCAGGGAAGGUGAAGAUCCGAGUGCUGAAGGAGGGAAAACCAGCAGACCCUGCUCCAGCGCAGCCUCCUCCCUCAAACAGACCUGCAGAGAAGGAUCGGACGGUGGUCAAGACUGCGCAGAAGGUGUGGGCGUUGAAUGGAACAGAGAAGCACCGGAGGGAAGUUACUGAAGGCAGGAAAAAGCAGGAUGAAAUGACUGUCCCUCCUGCUCCACUUCUGCGAGGAGCCUAUUCUGAAGAGGAGUCUGCCAGAUCCUUCCAGGAGGCUCUCAGAGAGUGGAGAGGAGCCCAGGACGACGGUGGGGAGGCUGAUCCAACAGCUUCAGUGUCAGUGAUGGCAACACAGGCUGACCUGCCCUGGGACCAGCUGAGUGGAGGGAGAGGGAAAUGGAAAACGGCUUUUCGGGUGGAGUUCACGCCCAACAACUUGAGCUACAUGGACAGGCUGUGUUUGAAGAAGCAUCGCAGAACGCCGAUCCAGUUGCCUCGGAACCUGCUGAGAGCUGAGCCCAACACCGGCCCUGACUCGGAGGAGGAGGAGGCCGCGACGUUGGGCGUUUCCCGGGCUCAAGAGGAUGACGCUCCGCAGCCAUUCCGUGCGUCAGUGUGUGACGUCUCUGCCGGCAGCAGUGCCGUGGCUUCACCUGAAUGCAACAUGGCCAUGAAAGCGCUGAAAGAGGAUUGGCAUGCUUAAUAUUGGUGAACUGCUGAGGCCUCAAGCUCCAGCUCUGUUGCUGCAACACAGCCAGCAGCCGUCGACUCUCAACAUGAUGAGAUGAAGAGCAAGGUUAAGGAGAACAUUCCGGACCCAAACGGAGCUCACCAGAGGCAGGUGCUGAUGAAACUCUAUUAUCUCUGGAAGCCCACCGUGACAGAGUGAAUGAAGCCGCUGAGACCAAGACACAUGCACCUGUGUGAUGUAUUAAUAAGAACGACGUCUUCUCGCGCACGUUUGUGAAUCCAAUAAAGAU